AUGUCUAUUGCCACUGAGCUGUUAAAAAGUUCCCUAGCCAAUGGCGGCUUUGGGGAUCCGGAUCUCACACCCAAACCAUUACGAAUUUCUAAGCGAGACCAUACUGAAACAUCGACUGCCGGCACCGUUAACACCUCGCUCUCCAUACGUAAAUCGCAAACACAUCGCAACUUGCAGGCGCUUGCGCCAAGCAAGAGAUCCUCAAUCCGUGUCAAUAGCACGCAGCUGGACCUGUCCCUACAGAAUCCCGCUGCGCCAACCUCACAAUGGGCCCGCCGAAACACCUUCCUUCACGUGCAUAAGCAGCGUCAUUCUGAGCCGAUCAACACGAAUACGGCCGCUCUCACCGCGACAUCCAAGGAGCCGAUUGGCUUCUCGCCUUUCAAUCCUCCUGCAAGAUCCCGCGACUCAUGCCCUACAAUGGGCCAACCGGGAAGCAGCUCCGAUGCAAGCACAGCCAUUGGUGCAGUCAGACCAGCCUCUGCACGAGCGUUCACUACCGGGACUUACAGAAGGCCAAAUCCAUUGAGUCCGGUCCAUGAGGUUUCAUCGUCACCUUCAAUACCAUCAGCACCGCGAGGGGGUCAACGAAGAGCCGUGACUAACGUGGAGGCGUUCCACAAAGAUCUGGACGCCUCUAAAUCCCGCCCACAUCACGGCUUAGGGAAGCAAAGUUCUAUUAAGAAUAGUCUAAUGUCUCGAAUGAUGAGCGGUUUGGCGAACAGAACUCAUGCCGGCCAUGCAGUGUCGCGAGGUGGAAAAGAUGCUACGCAGAUCCCCCAGGACUCUUUCCCGGCUACUGAAUCUCGAGCUCGCGAAGAUACGUACGCUUCACGGCAAAGCAGUUCAAGUACGGGGACAGAUACGUACUGCGCGUACUGCGGAAGCGACCACGACGAUACCCCGGCGGGUUUCCCGGUCCCACCAAUGUCUAAAGCUACGUCUCCCACGACCGCUGGGUCACUCAGCUCCUGUAACUCAUCCAGGUCGAUAAGAUACAGAGAGCUCUGCACGCCCGCCAAUGCUGUCCUGAUGGGUGCUGAGCUCACGUUGACCCCAGAAUACGACCAGUUGAGCACUGAGAAGGGCCGAAGCAUGUUUGUGUCACUCGACAUCAAGGGCACCACGAACUCAACAUCCAGCGUACAAGAUGUCUGGUCACAGCAUACGGGCCUCGAUGUAGUUGUGGUCAUUGAUAACUCACGCUUAUCAGGGCCCCAGGCUCUAUACCUCCCCGGCCGUACUAAUGGCAAGUUGUGA